AUGCCAGCACACGCAAUCUCGGUGUUUGCCGGUAAUAUGGAGGACAGCAUCAAACGCGGUGAACUUCCCAUCAGCACCCCUCUAAUGGGCAAAUACAGUUUAAACUCCGUACGCAAGCACACUACCUUCAUGAAGACCUUCUUCUUCGAGGAAUUGGCAGAGAAACAUGCCAGAAAGAUCAGUCUCAUCCAUAUCUAUCCCGGCCUUGUGGAUGGUCCUACCUUUUACAGCGAUGCCAAUCCCUUGUGGGUUCGGAUUGCGUGGCGGGUGCUGAAGCCGCUGGCGAGUUGGUACAUGACUAGUCCGGAGGUCUGUGGACAGGUCAUGGUGUUCCUCGCUACGAAUCGAUACCCCGCGAAAGGCACGAUGACAGAGCGUAUUGGAGCAUCACCGAAAUAUGUGCUGGCUUUUAGCUCGCAAAUCGAGCUGGGAGGCGGUUCUUAUGCGGGCGGUCAGAGAGGCGAUGAGAUCAAGAGUGCUAGUUGGGCAAAGGUGAGGAAGCAAGAUACAGGGAAGAAGAUUUGUGAUCAUACUAUGAAAGUUCUGGUUCCUGAGAGCUACAUCUCAUACUUUCGUGUAGACCAUACUAUGGCAGACAGUAUGCCCGGCUUCGCCGUUGCUCUGCGUCUUUUCGAUGAAGGUUAA